CGCGAGAAUCAUUUCCCGGAAGUUCCACGUCAGUCAGUCGGCCGGUCUGUGGGUCGGUGGGUUUCUCAGGCCCUUUGCCGCCGGGAUCAAGUGAGUUCCCGGGCUCGGACUGACGGAGCCAUGCCUCUCCGACUUGAUAUCAAGAGAAAGCUAACCGCUAGAUCCGAUCGAGUUAAGAGUGUGGAUUUGCAUCCUACAGAGCCAUGGAUGUUGGCAAGUCUGUACAAUGGCAGUGUGUGUGUUUGGAAUCAUGAAACACAGACACUGGUGAAGACAUUUGAAGUGUGUGAUCUUCCUGUUCGAGCUGCAAAGUUUGUUGCAAGAAAGAAUUGGGUUGUGACGGGAGCAGAUGACAUGCAGAUUAGAGUGUUCAAUUACAAUACUCUGGAGAGAGUUCAUAUGUUUGAAGCACACUCAGACUACAUUCGCUGUAUUGCUGUUCACCCAACCCAGCCUUUCAUUCUGACUAGCAGUGAUGACAUGCUUAUUAAGCUCUGGGACUGGGAUAAAAAAUGGUCUUGUUCCCAAGUGUUUGAAGGACACACACAUUAUGUUAUGCAGAUUGUGAUCAACCCCAAAGAUAACAAUCAGUUUGCCAGCGCAUCUCUGGACAGGACCAUCAAGGUGUGGCAGCUGGGCUCUUCAUCACCAAACUUCACUCUGGAGGGACAUGAGAAAGGUGUGAAUUGCAUUGAUUACUACAGUGGUGGUGACAAACCAUACCUCAUCUCAGGUGCAGAUGACCGUCUUGUUAAAAUAUGGGAUUACCAGAAUAAAACAUGUGUGCAGACACUGGAGGGACAUGCCCAAAAUGUGUCUUGUGCCAGUUUUCAUCCUGAGUUGCCAAUCAUCAUCACAGGUUCAGAAGAUGGAACAGUCCGAAUUUGGCAUUCAAGCACCUAUCGUCUUGAGAGCACUUUGAAUUAUGGAAUGGAGCGGGUGUGGUGUGUGGCCAGUCUGAGAGGGUCCAACAAUGUGGCUCUGGGCUAUGAUGAAGGGAGCAUCAUUGUUAAGCUUGGUCGGGAGGAACCUGCCAUGUCCAUGGAUGCCAAUGGGAAGAUAAUUUGGGCCAAGCAUUCAGAAGUCCAGCAGGCCAAUCUAAAAGCAAUGGGAGAUGCUGAAAUUAAAGAUGGAGAAAGAUUGCCACUGGCAGUAAAGGAUAUGGGCAGUUGUGAAAUAUACCCUCAGACUAUUCAGCACAAUCCCAAUGGGCGGUUUGUUGUGGUGUGUGGUGAUGGAGAGUAUAUCAUCUACACAGCAAUGGCCUUGAGAAACAAGAGCUUUGGUUCUGCCCAGGAGUUUGCAUGGGCUCAUGAUUCUUCUGAAUAUGCAAUAAGAGAGAGCAACAGUGUUGUGAAGAUAUUUAAGAACUUUAAGGAAAAAAAAUCAUUUAAACCAGAUUUUGGAGCUGAAAGUAUCUACGGAGGCUUCUUAUUGGGAGUCAGGUCUGUAAAUGGCUUGGCUUUCUAUGACUGGGACAACACGGAACUCAUCCGCAGAAUUGAAAUUCAGCCCAAACACAUUUUCUGGUCUGAUUCAGGAGAGCUCGUCUGUAUUGCCACUGAGGAAUCAUUUUUUAUCCUUAAAUAUCUGUCAGAAAAAGUCUUGGCUGCACAGGAAACGCAUGAGGGAGUUACUGAAGAUGGCAUUGAAGAUGCCUUUGAGGUUCUUGGUGAAAUUCAGGAAAUUGUGAAAACAGGCCUGUGGGUAGGCGACUGCUUCAUUUACACAAGUUCUGUGAACAGAUUAAAUUAUUAUGUUGGAGGAGAAAUAGUCACCAUUGCCCACUUGGACAGGACAAUGUAUCUCCUGGGCUAUAUUCCUAAAGACAAUAGGCUUUAUCUGGGUGACAAAGAGUUGAAUAUUGUUAGCUACUCCCUGCUGGUUUCAGUCCUGGAAUACCAGACCGCUGUCAUGAGGAGGGAUUUUGGCAUGGCGGAUAAGGUCCUUCCUACCAUUCCAAAAGAACAGCGGACCAGAGUAGCACACUUUUUGGAAAAACAGGGCUUCAAACAGCAAGCUCUUACAGUAUCCACAGAUCCUGAACAUCGUUUUGAGCUUGCUCUUCAACUUGGAGAGUUGAAAAUUGCAUACCAGUUAGCAGUGGAGGCAGAGUCAGAACAGAAGUGGAAACAACUUGCUGAACUUGCCAUCAGUAAAUGCCAGUUUGGCCUCGCCCAGGAGUGUCUGCACCAUGCCCAGGAUUACGGAGGUCUGCUGCUUUUAGCCACUGCUUCUGGAAAUGCUAGUAUGGUGAACAAGCUUGCAGAGGGUGCAGAGAGAGAUGGCAAAAAUAAUGUGGCAUUCAUGAGCUACUUUUUACAGGGAAAGCUCGAUGCUUGCCUUGAGCUCUUGAUCAGAACCGGACGACUGCCAGAAGCUGCCUUCCUGGCCCGAACUUACCUACCCAGUCAGGUUUCAAGGGUAGUGAAACUCUGGAGAGAGAAUCUCUCAAAAGUCAAUCAGAAAGCAGCGGAAUCCCUUGCUGACCCAACAGAGUAUGAAAACCUUUUCCCAGGAUUAAAAGAAGCCUUUGUUGUUGAAGAGUGGGUGAAGGAAACACAUGCUGAUCUGUGGCCAGCCAAACAGUACCCCCUAGUCACGCCAAAUGAAGAAAGAAAUGUCAUGGAAGAGGCAAAAGGCUUUCACCCCUCAAGAUCUGUAGCUAAGCAGGACCUUGAUGAGAAACCCCCAUCUCCGACUCCAGUUAUCGUGGCCUCCCAAACAGCCAACAAAGAAAAAGAAAAGAGCUUACUCGAACUAGAAGUAGAUUUGGACAAUCUGGAAUUAGAAGAUAUUGACACUACGGAUAUUAAUCUGGAUGAAGAUAUCCUGGACGACUGAAUUGUAGUUUUCCAUUUAUUUGACUAAACAAAUCAUUAUUAUGUAUAGAUAUUGAUCAUCACCCUGACCACAGUGCUUGGAAGGAAAUAUGAAAAAUUUCUUAGGUUUUUAUAUAUAAAUGCUGUGGACCAACAGGAGCACAUGGCCUCCUUUUCUUAGGAGGAGUUCAUGUGCAGUUUAAAUCAGUGUUUUCUUCAUUGAUUAAAACAGACUUGGGCUUUGAUUUUUCUCAUAUUGUCAUUAAAAUCCUUUGAAUUAAUGAGAAUACUUCCAUUUCCUUUCUGAAUAAUAAAAAGAGACUUCUAGUUGUAGAAGGCCGAGUCAAAAUCACACCUCACCCAAGGGUCAGCCCUGCAUUCUCUUUUCUUUGUAUAACUAAAUCUGCAUUUUGCAAACRUCAUCAUAGUUUUCUAGAACUGGACAUCUAUGUACUUUUCUUGAUGUCCUUAUAACACUGUCUUCUGUUGUGUAACAUGGCUGACAAGAGCUCUUCCUGAUUUUGUCCAGUAAUACCCAUUUCCAGAAUUGGUCUAAAACCCCUGUUCCUCUGGCCUCAGUAAGCUGGGCUCUACCUGCAUUAACUGUUGGCUUAUUUGGUGUCAAAGGCCUGGUACUCUUUUAAAAUACUGUGUACUCAUCUACCAUAAUUAGAGAAAUUCAUAAUCAGGCAGUCAAAUAUAUUCUUCAUUUAUCAGAUUGAA